AUGGCCGAAAAAUUCUUAAUGGCAGCUUCAAUGGCUGCUCUUGUUUGUCAUCCUAGUUCCUCCAUUAAUUGCUUUAAACCCAAACCCCAAACAUCACAAAGAACAACAUCAAAAUCUGCUAAAAAAAAUACUGAUAUUCAAACCGAUUCUUCAUUGUCUAAAACCUCUUCUUCUUGUUCUUCUUUUUCCGACACGAACACAACAUCGACACCACGAUCCCAUGUUCCGAAUCGUGUUCCAUUGACAACAAGUUGUAAGGAUUUGUAUUUGGUUUCGAGUCUUUUCGAGAAAGAUCCGGCUUUUCGUGUCGUUGAGACGAUAUUCAAAUCGGGUUGGGACGUUAAAACCGGGCUUGAAAUCGAGAAAAUAUUGAAGAUCAAUCAUACAAUCGAUGUUCUCAAAAGGUUUGAAGAAUAUAGGGAGAUUGUUAAAUCAAAGAGUUCAAAUAUAGAGAGAUUAGCUGUUGAUGGCAAUGAAGUGUUAAAGUUUUAUGGUACUAUUGUUACUUGUUCUUUAGGUAUCGAUGAAUUCUCGAGGAUUUGUUAUAGGGAAAGUUGUGGGGUUUGCAGGAUGAUCGGGUUAAGGUUAUCGGAAGUUGAAGAAUCAGUGGGGUUGAGUGAUGAUAGUCGAUGUGCACAUCGGAAAGUUACGAAGGAAUGUGGUGUGGAUAAUAAGGUUCGAGGUAGGAAAGUGGUGGUUGUUUGUAGAGUGAUUGCGGGACGGGUGGCUCGGUGUCGUGGACAAGGGGUCGGGCUCGUGGAAGGACGAGAAGGUGGAUUCGAUUCGGUGGUGAGUUCUUGUACGGAUCGGUCGGAAGAACUUGUUGUUUUGGAUGCAAGAGCUGUGCUCCCAUGCUUUGUGAUUGUGUAUAAUGUUAAACACUCGAAAGGUUACAAAGUCUAG